UUUUUCAUGAAGAAGUUUUCCGCUAUUUUGUAAUGCUAUAUUAUGUGUUGUAAUCAACAGAGUCUAAUCAAUGAUACUUUUUGCGGCAUUCUUUACAACAACGUGUUCCACUUCCGGGUUCGACAUGCCAUUUGUUAUUUUCUGUGGUCCACCUUGUAGCGGCAAAUCAAAGCGAUGUAUGGAAUUGAAAUCGUUUAUCACUAGCAAUUACAAGAGAGAAGUUAUUGUUAUAUCCGAUGAUGUUACUGGUGUUCCCAAGAACGAAAUAUAUGCAGAUUCAAAGAAGGAAAAAGAAACGAGAAGUGGCUUAAAAUCUGCAGUCCAAAGAAAAAUAACAAAAGACAACGUUGUUCUGGUUGAUUCAAUGAACUAUAUCAAGGGUUUCAGGUAUGAACUUUUUUGUGUGACAAAGUCUGCCCAGAGCCCCCAUUGUGUGAUUUACUGUGAUGUCUCUAAAGAGAAUGCUACAAAGUGGAACAGUGGUAGACCACAGCAGGAACAGUAUACUCAGGAUGUCUUAGAUGCAUUGAUGAUGAGGAUGGAGCCCCCAGAUUCCAGAAAUCGUUGGGAUUCUCCACUUUUUACAAUACAAUAUGAUGAUGAGUUACCAUGCCAACAGAUAUGCGAUGCCAUCUUUCAGAGGAAGGCACCAUCUCAGAAUAUGUCUACUCAGUCACAACCCCUCUCCUCCACAGAUUUCCUGUAUGAGUUAGAUAGAAUAACUCAAGCUACAGUUAGUGUGAUCAUUGACUCACAGAAGACAGGAAUAGUUGGAGAUGCAAUAACAGUUCCUGGGGCUGAUGAGAAGGUUCGUAUUCUGCGCCACAUAUCCUUAGCAGAGCUUCAAAGACAUAAGAGACAGUUCAUCAAGUUUACAAAAAUGCACCCAACUUCAGACAUCUCAAAACUAUCAAAUAUGUUUGUGCAGUAUCUGAACAAUAGCAUUACAUAAUGGAUUCAUUGAAUAUAACAUAGCAUUGGUUUAAGCAAAACAGAGUGGAAUGGAAUAGAAUUACCAAGGCAUACAAUGAGAGUUUCAAGGGAUGCAUUCUUCAAUUGUAUCAGACAAAAUUUGACCUAAGCUGAACUACCAGAUGGACAUAUAUGGAAGUGGUGUGUGUUCAUUUUUGUAUCAAUGGAAAUAUAUUACUUUUUAACAAUUUUACCAAUUUCUGCAUUUUAAUUUGAUUUAUACCUUAAAAAAGCUUUGUUGGAACAUAUUCGUAUCAAAAAUACUGUGAGAUGUGUGCUAUAUGAAAUUCAAAGCCUGUGCAAGAGUAGGCCUUUAUUUUGUGAAAAUGAAAC